UUUUACAUUUUUUUCUUCAGUUCUUGUCUAAAAGUAAUGUCGCGACCACGUCAUGCAGACGAUAUUCUCAAUAUCAAUGUUGGCGGAAAAAAGUAUACAGUUCGACGAACUGAUAUGCUGGCUGAUCCAAGAUCUAAAUUAGCCGAAUGGUUUAAACCUGGAACAUUGAAGCCAAUCGCAACAGACAAGGGAGGUAACUACUACCUUGAUCGUGACGCUAAAUGUUUCCGACACAUCCUUGCUUAUCUUCGAUUGAAAAAAGAAAAGUUUGUCCCAUCACUUGCUCUCCCCAGUAAACCGGAUGAUCUUGCAAAGUUGGUCGGUGAAUGCGAAGCUUUGAAUUUGGCAGAGCUCAAAGAGCUGGCUCUUGACUUGCUUCAAAAGUAUCAAAGAACAGAGGAGCAACACUAUGUCACUUCGUACGUCCAAGUUACCCUACGCGAUUUUGAAAGUUGGCAAUUUGAACGAGAGCAGAAUCAAAUUGCAUUGAAAAAAAAGCCAACAAAUGAAGAAGAAUAUCAGCCAAACUCUGCAUACGACGAAUGGGAUAAUCUGUGAAAUUGGCCUAAUCUUUUUAGAAAUUUCAUUUCAACGCUUUUCAUUUUAUUUUUGCGAUAUUAAUUUUCAGAUUAUCAAAUAAAUAUUACCUACUGUUGAA